UUACCCAGACGACUGAGGCCGCCCAAUGCCGCAUAUCACGCUCGUUGCUCACUGCCAUCUCCUGGAGGCCGUCUACCGUAUUGCUUGGCUCACCGGAUCUCCCGCCGGAUCUCCUUGAGGAAUUCUUGUGAUGUAUGUCACGCCGAAGGACGCAGAGAGCACCGCAAGCUUUGUUCCCGCUUAGCGGAUCCGCCAGGAGACCAGGACUACCCGUCUGUGCGGUCCCGCGGUGCCCGGAUACCGUAAGUUCGCACUGCAUAGUCGACGCUGAACGCGAGCAGACUAGUCACCGCUUCGGUAUCAUGUGCGGGUAUUUGCGCUGGGGCAGUGACGACAGCCGCUCUGAAUUGGGCGGUGAUCUCUGUCAAAGUACAAGUACAUAUGAGCAGAGUCUGGAGCGGAUCGUUCUCAUUCAAGCGUGUCGCGCACCCCAAGUUUUCGCACCUUUUUCUCGCCCUUGAUUUUUUCUGUUCUCGUCUGUUUCAUCUUCAGCUAUGGAACUAUCCACUCUCCUUUACCUUGUUGCGGCUGUCUACGCCUUGACUUGGGCAUCCCGCAGAUUUAUGUACGCCGAACGAUGUCUCGAAGGCAUCCCCACCGUCGGCGGGCCGUCCCUUCCUAUUCUCUCUUGGUAUGGGGCGAUCCGCUUUCUGCUUCAAGCACACAAGGUCCUCGAAGAAGGAUACACAAAGUACAAAGGUGGCUGCUUUAAAGUCGCGCAAUUCAACCGCUGGUUUGUCAUUGUAGCAGACCCCGCUCUGAAUGAGGAGCUGCGCAAAGCGCCAGAGGAAUACAUGUCCUCGCCUGCUGCACUGCACCAGUACCUGCAGGGCCUGUACACUCUGGGAAUCGAUUUGAAUGAGAUGAACAAUUACAUCGAACUUGUCCGGGAACAGCUCCUGCGUCACGUAAACCCCUCGCCUUCUAUGCUUUACGACGAGAUGAUUGCCGCGUUCCAAGACAUCAUCCCUCAGAGCGACGACUGGGCGCCGAUCCCCGCUCUCGAUGCGUCAUUCAAGCUAUUCUUCCGCGUCAGCAAUCGUGCUUUCGUCGGCGCGCCUCUCUGUAGUAACCCGGAAUACAAUGAGCUGAACAUCGAGUUCACGAAUAAUGUCUUCAAGGGUGCGCUCUUGUACAAUGCACUACCUAAUGGCAUCCGACCAUUCAUCUCUCGGUGGCUCGACCUCGUUGGCCCCAGCGUCGAGCGCGGCAUGCGCUUUAUCCAGCCACACUUCGAGCAGCGCCAGAAGGAGAUGGAGGCGGCCGGCAAGGACUGGGUGGGCAAGGAGGACGAUCUACUCUCACUCCUGAUGGCAUCAACGCAAGGCGAGGCGUGCAACGUGCGCAACCUCACGCGCAUCAUGCUCAUCGUCAACCUUGCGGCUGUGCACACGACCUCGCAGAGCUUCACGCACUUGCUGUAUCUUAUCGCAACGAACCCUGCUUGGGCGGCCACGCUUCGCGAGGAGAUUGAGCAAGUCAUUGAGCAGCACGGCUACGACAAGGAAGCGCUCCAUCGUAUGCGCAGGCUUGACAGCUUCAUCCAGGAGUCCCUUCGCUUCAACGGUCUCGGUGCACUGGCCUCGACAAAACUCGCGCUGCAGGACUUUGCGCUGUCCAACGGAACCAUCCUCCCCAAAGGCACGCUCGUCGCUGCACCGCUCCGCGCGAUGCACUACGACGGCGAGAACUACGCGGACGCGGACACCUUCCAGCCUUGGCGCUUCUACCGUGAGCUCGAGGAGUUCGACGGUGAGGUAAACGCCCAGUCGAUGACCACCACUACACCAACGUAUCUGAGUUUCGGACACGGCAAAACCGCGUGCCCUGGACGCUUCUUCGCUGCGCUCGAGUUGAAGAUGAUUGUGGCAAACUUGCUGCUGAACUACGACAUCAAGCUUGAAGGCGACAGCAGUAAGAUCCCGCCCGUCUCGUGGUAUAUCACCGCUCGCGUGCCAAAUAUGACGGCCAACGUGCUCGUCAGGCGCAGGCAAAAGGCUUGAACAUGGACACUGUUAGGGCUAUCUAUUCUUUACCACUUUUCGCUGUGCCGCAGCCGUCCGCUCUCUGAUCCAGACCAUAAAGCUUAUCUGUGGCCCUAUUUUAUCUAUCUUUAUGUAUUUCUUGUGUAUCGUAGGCUUCUAUCUUUCGUUGUGUCAUGUAUUUCUAUUUACUUUUCGCUAUCCGAAUCGGACCCUGGCAAUGGUGAUGCCGGUCUUCC